AGCUUUUGAUUCCGUUCCCUGAGGAGGGGGUUUCCUUCUUCCGGCUUCCCAUGCAAAGGAAAUCUGUUUGUCAACUCCUUGUUGGUGGUUAGGGGGGAAUAAAAGGAAGGAGAGAGAAGAGAAUGAAAAAGAAUAACCCUAUUUGUGAGCCUAGCUAGGAAGGUGGGUGGAAGACCAAUGCCUAAGGCAGGCUGUGAGAUGGGUUACAGGGGAAGGCAAUCCUCCCAGGACAGGAUCUUCUUGCUACUUCUACUCCUGCUGCUGUUUCUGAAGGAGAUAAAGGGUCGAUGUCUACAUGAAGAAACACAGGAAUCUGUGCGUCUUCUUCAGCCGCCUGUUUCCCCAUUGUCCCUUAAGCAAAGAUCUGGUUCCCUCUCCCAUUCCAGUGCUCCAAGCCCCAUUCGUAUUCGGGUCUGGUACCCUAAGAGAUCCAGGUUAAAAAGUGAGACUCUGUUCUCUGAGGGAGACUGGGUAUCCUGGGAGCCUCAGAUAGAUGCAGUUCUGAGAGAUGCCAUUCAUCAAAUCCAGGGGGUACUUGCAGUUCUACCAGUGCAAGGACCCCUUCUUCUGAGCCGUGACCCAGAACAGUAUUGUCAAGUUAUCUGGAGGGAUCCAGACUCCUCACACCACUACAGAUGCAGCCUUCUGAACCCUGGGUAUGUGGGAGAGAAUUGUCUCGGGGUAGAGAUCCCUGACACUCAUCUCCGUGGUUAUUCCUUAUGGCCGGAACAGGGCCCCCCAGAACUGAUCCAACCUGAUGGACUUGGAAUCCCAGAUGCAGACUUCCUCUUGUAUGUACAAGUUACCCACACUCUGAAAUGCCACCAUGAGCCCUCCAUCAUUGCCUAUUCUGCCUGCUGCCAGCUGGAUGCUACAGAUCGGCCCCUUGCAGGCACCAUCAUCUUCUGUGCACCAUAUCUCACCAGUCUCCAAUACAACCACAAUGACAUUGUCAUGGCCACAAUACAUGAAUUGUUCCAUUCCCUGGGCUUCUCUGGAAAACUCUUCAAGAAAUGGAGGGAUUGUACUAUUGGCACCAGCAAUGGAGUAAAAUGCUCCCCAAGACGGCAGGUGACCACAAGGGAUGAAUGGGGACAGUUGAUUCUCACCACCCCCACUGUAAGCCACAGCCUAGCCAGGCACUUAGGAGUCUCAGAAGCCUUGCAGGGAGUGCCCCUGGAGGAAGAGGGUCCAUCUUCCUCUCACUGGGAAGCUCGCUUUCUCCAGGGCUCUGUGAUGACUGCUACCUUUGACAGUGCUCAUCGUACCAAGAUUGACCCUAUCACUCUUGCUGCCUUUGCCGACUCUGGUUGGUACCAAGUCAAUCAGAGUGCCGCACAAGAACUGCUUUGGGGUCAGGGAUCUGGUUUAAACUUUGGAUUGGUGACAUCCUGUAGAUCUGGCUCCUCAGAUUUCUUCUGCACUGGCAGUGGGCUGGGCUGUCACUACCUGCACUUUGACAAGGGCCGCUGCUCAUCGGACCCCUGGCUGGAAGGUUGCCGCAUGUACAAGCCAUUAGCAAAUCGUAGUGAAUGCUGGAAGAAAGGAAAUGCACCCCAGCCUAAUGAAGGAAACCCAUAUGGGGAGAUCUAUCACCCCAAAAGUCGUUGCUUCAUUGCCAACCUCACUUCAGUCCUGGUGCUUAGAAGAGGCACCUUCGAGCAGGUGGAGCUCACUGGUCGAUGCUACUUACAUCGCUGCACAGAAGGCAGUACAUUUUACGUCCGAGCAGCAGGAUCACCGUGGGUCCCAUGCUUCCCAGGGAAGCCUAUUCAGAUCCCAGGGUAUUAUGGCCUCCUCUUCUGUCCUUGGGGCCCAUUUUGCCAGGCAAAUAAGGAUCUCCUGGUUCUUCCUCCCUCGACUACAAGCCCUUCAUCCCCAAGCUUGGUGAUCCAGUUGGACCUGGGACUAGCUGGCCCCCCAGACUACUACCUGAGCAAGAUGCAGCAGCAAGAAUUGACCCAGUCUAUAUUGCAAGCUCUGGUGAUCAGAGCAGGGGUACACAUGUGCCAUUUCCACAGACCAUCAAUAAACUCCAAUCUAGUAUUUACUGUGCAUAUGUGGAAGUUUCCUGGCUGUCAAGGACCUCCAAAUGAAAUUCUGUAUAGAGCCCUGAGCCAAUCCCUCAAUGAUACACCAUUAAAUGUCGACUAUGGUGGAGCCACUUUUACCACAGACCACAGCAGGUGGCUGGCUACACCUGGGCUCAUAUCCCCAAAUCCAGGUAUAAUCCUGUCCAUAGGCCUCAGUCUUAUACUUCUUACUCUGAUGGGUACAGGGGGAAUUGUGGCCUAUUGGAAAUAUCAAGCUUCCCUUCGAGUCGCACCAUCAGCUUCUUCAUCAAGCCUCCAAAGAUCAGUAAGAAGUCUAUCUGAGGGAAUGAAGGAAGUGUAAUGUGCCAUUAUCAUAUUAACAAGCUGAGAUAGGCCAAAGAAUUAUUAGAUAUGAUCAUGUCAUUCCUCGGCUUAGGAAGAAUAUUCAAAAGAUAAAUUAUGACACUUUGUCUCGCAUUUAAGGCCCUUUAUAAUCUGGCUUCAACCUCACUUCUGAGACCUAUAUAUGUAUUUGAAUCUUGUAUUUCUAUUUCUAGGCCUACAAUGUUCUCCUUCAUUUUCCCCUAUUAUCUCUAAGUCCCUUGAAGAUUCAACUCAAUGGUACCUCUUACAAGCAGCUUUGACUGUCCUUGUUAAUGCUUGGCCUCUACUGAUUUUGUAUGUUAUAUCUUCCCCACUCUUCCAAAUAAUCUAAGUUUCUUGAGGGCUGGGACUUUUGAACUUUGUAUCUUUAUAUUUCCAUAUACUUAGAAGAAUGCCUCGCAAAUAUCAGGCACUUAAUAUCUUUCCAGACAUGGAUUUGAACUCACUUUUGAGCACUUUGCUAUGGGUUCUGGAUCAACCUAGAAUAACAAUGCCUUUCCUCUGCCACAGACACAUGAAAAGGAAAAAAAAAACCUGAAAUUGAGUCAGAGUUCAGACUUUCAUUUGGCUAGAGGAAAAAAAAAAAGAUGAUACCCUAAAUUAGGAAUAAACACUUUACAGAA